UCUCUCUUCAACCCACCCCAUCGCCGCCACCCUGUCACCCCCCCCCCCCCCCAUCACUUCACCUGCAAAACGCCGACGGACCCGUGGUUAAAAGGCGGUGCCGACACCACUGCCACUCGUAUCACAUCCAGCCGUCUCCUCUAACCUUUUCCUUAUUCUCAAUCUCUGUAAAAGGAGAAAGAUGAACCCCAAGUUCCAAGCUCGUUUCCUUGAUUCAAUGGAUACAAGCAAGAAUCCGCCGGAUUCUAUCCCUAACGGCUCCAAUAACUGAUACCAUCUCUGAAAAGAUAAGUCUCAUCACUUCCUUUCAUAACUUUUCUCCUCUUUUCCAACAAUUCUCAUAAAACCGUCACUUUUCCCCUUCUUUUCUUUAAAUUCGAAUUUCGAAUUUCAGCUGGUGAAAUGACCCAUUUUUCAGCUAUAAAUACAGCCCCUCUAGGGGUAGAGAUCAAUCGGAAAAAAACCCUUCACUUUCACAAAGUUCAGAGAAAAUACUUAGGCUUCAGUUUUUUUUUACUAGUCGCAACAACAAAAACUAUUCCGAGUGGAUUCGGAGACUCGACGACGACACUAGCCUCAGCUCGCUGUCACGAAGAAGAUAGAAAUUAACCAAAACCUACCAAAUAUCCAAAUGAUAGUCUCAUCUCCUCACGACUUGCAAACUUGGUCGAGGAACAUAAAAGUGGCACACGGACAAGAAGUUCGACAACAUCUAGGGUCGUUAAUGUCACUAAUGGGUAUCCAAGCUAACAAAACUCUCACCAAGCGGCUGCUAGAAUUUUGGGAUCCCGCCAGUGUAACCUUCAAUUUUUUGGAUUUUUAGAUAACCCCUACUUUAGAGAAAGUUUGUGGAUUCACAGACUUAACAUUUAAGGGAAGAAUGCCAGUGUCACCAUCCUUCAUAUCGGGAGAGAAAUUCUUGCGCAUUUUGAGAUUUAAUGUUUACCCGGUCUUGAGGAACGUGGAAAAUGAUCGAGUGAAGUUUGACUUCCUUUUUCAGAGAUUUGGGCGUCGAGAAAACUUUGAUCGAUAUCGGGAUGAGUUUGCAUGUGACCGCAGAAGGUGCGAGAAAAUGCGGCCACGAGUCUUCGCCAUAGCCUUGUUGGGGGUCUUGGUUUUCCCAAAGAGAGCCUACCGAAUCAAUAUUAACCUUUUGCCACUUGUUAUGAAUAUCUUCUCGGGACCGGAUGAAUUGACAUUGGUCCCUAUGAUCCUCGCGGAGAUGCUCCGAGCUCUAUCAGCUUUUUCAAGAGGGCAUAACUUUUUCGAGGGGUGUAAUCUCUUGCUGCAGUUAUGGGCCACGGAACACUUCUAUACUCGCCCCCCCCCCCCCCCCCCCCUUCCCCCCAAUCAUAGAUUACUGCAUAGAUGCUCGCAGCAGAAUUCAGAGCUAUACGGAAAAAAUGAGGUACUGGCCUGAACCUACAGGAGAAGAGGAGUGGUGCGCAUUCUUGGCUCAGCUCACGGGAGAUGUUAUUCAGUGGAAAUACCCCUGGCUAUCAGGGAGACCUUUGGUAAGAACUGCAAAUCUGUACUUCGUUGAGUUGGUCGGGUUGGACGGGAUUCAACCGUAUGCGCCUCUUAGGGUCCUGAGGCAGUUUGGAGUUACACAAGAUGUCCCAGUCUGGUCCCACAUGGCACUGCAUGAAGGUAACUAUGAUAGGGUGGUUCCAGUAGCACGAGUGAGAAUUCUACAAAGAGAAUGGCUGAACAUGAUCACAAUUGGUAUGGGUGACGAGAGUUGGUGCACACCCGAGUAUUACGCCUGGUAUAAUAUGGGAGGCCUGACACUUUUGCCAACCGAGGACGGAUUCAAUGGGCUCACGGACGAUGAUGUAGCCGUUUGGCUUGCAGUUGAGAUAUUGCCUUUCAUGAACGUCAAUAAUAAUAUGUACAGGAAGGUAUUUCCGGGUUCAGUAAACUAUCUGAUACAACUAGUAGAAGAGGAAGAUCUGGUGGAGCCGAAAGAUGAGAUGGAAGAGGAUCCCGAAAAAGAACCGACAGAGCCAGAUGAACCGAUGAAAGAGGAUCCGGAAGAAGAUCCAGAGUGGGAAUUAGAGCGUUAUCUUGUAACGGAGGUAGAACCGGAGAAAUCACCUAAGUACACUCCAGCAGAAUAUUCAGAGGAGGAACCGGAGGUGCAGUCCAAGUGCAGGCCCACAGUACAUGGUAUGGAGGAGGGACCUGAGUAUGAUCCGGAGGCAGGUUGGGAGAUAGAGACAGACCCAGAGAAAGAACCUAAGUACGACCCAGGGCCCGAUUAUGAUCCAGCAUAUUAUGGGGAUGACAAUGACGGCCCGACAUGGCCCUAGCUAUUUUCUUUCCCCCUUUUUUGUUUUAUUUACAUUCCAAAAGAGUGUCAUAUGGCCCAAUCCCCUUGUACGCCCUCGUGGCCACCCAUUGCAUUUCCAUUUCAAAUUUCCAUCGACCCAUUCCUUUUGUAUGCCUUUAUGGCCAUCCCUUUUGGUGUUUUAUCGUUUCAGGCUGCCAUAGGCCUCUCCUUGUAAGCUCUCGAGCUAUAUUUUGUUGGAAUGGAAGUUAUGUUUGUUCUUAAAAAUCACAGAAUGUGUCAAAAAAGGAUCAUCAUCAUCAACUUAUGUGUAACGCAGGCUUACCUCUGGCAAAAACGAGGCUCCACAAUUAUGACACGCUUGUUUGCACGUUGACUUGACGUAAUUAUGUGAUCAAAUGUGUUACUAUACUCGUUCUAAAGUUUCCCGGACUAACCUUUUGUUUUCUAAUUGUUUUUAUUUUAAUUUUAUCCCCCC